UAAUAAAAAGCGUACUGCAAAAACCGAGCACUGACAGAAACUGUAGUGACGCCGGCUGACUGAGUGGAACGGUUCGAUUUCAUUUUUAUUUUGUAAAGACGCGUUACCGUUAAAGAAAUCUCAUUUAUUUGAAUUAAAAUUUAAUUCCCGUAUUAAAUACUGUUCAGUCAAAAUUAUUACCGCAAAGAUACAACAACUAAAAUCAGCUGGCGUCGAAUUCUUGCAUACAGAAAUAAUUUUUUAUAUAUAAAUAAAAAUGAUAAAUAUGGAUAUAAGUGUUACCCCAAACUAUUCCUACAUUUUCGAUUUCGAAAAUGAUUUUAUACAUCAACGCACACGAAAGUGGAUGGUAGAAAACUGGACAUGGGUGUUCUACUAUUGUGGCAUUUAUAUGCUAGUGAUAUUUGGUGGACAGCAUUUUAUGCAAAAUAGGCCGAGAUUUCAAUUGCGUGGUCCUCUUAUAAUAUGGAACACGAUGCUGGCCAUGUUUAGUAUUAUGGGCGCGUUUAGAACAGCUCCAGAACUCUUACACGUACUGCGCCAUUAUGGACUAUUUCAUUCCGUAUGCGUUCCUAGUUAUAUUGAACAGGAUCGCGUAUGUGGUUUCUGGACUUGGCUCUUUGUACUUUCCAAACUGCCUGAACUUGGUGAUACAAUUUUCAUAGUAUUACGCAAACAACCAUUGAUAUUCCUACACUGGUAUCAUCACAUCACUGUACUCAUCUAUUCAUGGUUCUCAUACACUGAAUACACAUCAUCCGCUCGCUGGUUCAUUGUGAUGAAUUAUUGUGUACAUUCCGUUAUGUACACGUACUAUGCACUUAAAGCAGCACGCUUCAACCCACCACGUUUUAUCGCUAUGAUCAUAACAUCACUACAGUUGACACAAAUGAUAGUUGGCUGUGCUAUAAACAUAUGGGCGAACGGUUUCCUAAAAACACACGGUCCACAAUCAUGUAAUAUCUCACAAACUAACAUCAAUCUUUCGAUUGCAAUGUACUUCAGUUACUUUGUGCUAUUCGCACGAUUCUUCUAUAAAACAUAUUUGUCCACGGACGGCAAGAAGAGCCGUCGCAUGGCAGCAUCAUUAGCGGCACAAAACACAGCCAAACUAUCAUCUACAGCUACCUCUUCAAUAGAUCGCUCCACACUGACGUUACCCACUGCAAAUGGCGGCGGAGAUGUACUUUUGCACAAAUCAAAAGUGCAAUAGAAAAUUUUGGGGAAUAAGAGAACAAAUGGGGGGCGAACUAUCAAUAUAUGGGAUAAAAAAAAAA